AUGGACUGCGCGAGGGUCGCGAAGGAGUUCGGCGUCCCCUGCAUCGCGGACGGCGGCUUGCGGACGGCAGGGGACAUCUGCAAGGCCAUCGCCGCCGGCGCCGAUACCGUGAUGCUGGGGAACCUCCUCGCCGGCAUCGACGAGGCCCCGGGGCGGGUCCUCGUGAAGGACGGCAAGAAGGUCAAAAUCAUCCGCGGCAUGGCGGGCUUCGGCGCGAACCUCAGCAAGGCCGAGCGCGAGAAGCGCCGGGACGAGGACGUCUUCAGCGACUUCGUCCCGGAAGGCGUCGAGGGAAGCGUCCCGGUGAAGGGGCCGCUGGCGCCGAUUCUACGCCAGCUGGUCGGGGGGCUUCGGUCCGGGAUGUCCUACUGCGGCUCCCACAGCAUCGCGGAGAUGCACAAAAAGGCCCGUUUUAUCCGCAUGACCGGAGCCGGACUGCGCGAGAGCGGGAGUCAUGAUAUCUCGAAAUUGUAG